UGAAGGUAUAAAUCCAGCAGAUUGUAGAUCAUCUAUAUUCACAGAAACUUGUGAAGCUCGUGACGAUUCCGUGUGUGCGAGAAAAUUAAAGGAUUUGAUCCGUUUUUACCAAGUUUGGCUGAUUUUCAAGGAUAUUGUCUGAGUCCGAGUGUGGUUCCUCCAUCUUGAUUUUCACAACGAUCGGGAGCAGUUUUUACAGUCCCCUCUUCAUACUAUUUUGAGCUUACUUAUCUGCGUGUAUUUCAUGCUGCUGUGUGUGCGGCACACACAACCGAGCGAGUGAACGAAAAUCAGAAGAGGUCAAAGUUUGCUGUGACAAAUCGAUUUUGACUUCAGUCGAAUGACAGUGUCAUUUUUGUAAAUAUAGAAACAGGAAAAUCAACUAUUGAUUUUGCACGUACAAAAAUCAGCGUGAGUGCGUUUGUGUGUAAUAUAACUCAAUAGAGUGACGCUACUGCGACGACAAGUGUGACAGACCGGUAGAGCUGCGGAAACCGACAGAAUUUCGGUGUUGUGUCGACGAAAGUUUCAUAGUCCCAAAGGAUAAAAACGGAAACAAGCUCCAACUCCUGUUCUAAAAUAUCUGACGAUGAUGGAUAACGAAAUUGGCAACGACUCACUUGGUAUGGGUGGUGGAGUUCUGGUCGUUGAAGAGGAGGGCGACGAGGCAGUGGAGCUACCGCUAGAGGAAGACGGUACCCUGUCGAUUUCGACUCUGCAGGCACAGUUCUACGGAGCUUGUGGGCUUAAGUAUCGUAAUCCAGAGAACAAGGCGAUUCGUGGAGUUCGCUUGAACGAUAACAAGUUGCACCCGUUCUCGAUGGAUCAGGGAUGGGGAAAUCAUCAGUACAUAUGCGUGUUUCCGAAAGAGAACAAACGCAAGAGCGAUGAUAAGCUGGAGAAUUCCACUCCCAAGACAAAGCGGAUUGAGAACAAGUACAGAACCACAACAGAUUUGAUCGUGCUGGGAUUGCCCUGGAAGACGACCGAAGAAGGGCUGCGCGAAUACUUUGAAACAUUUGGCGAGUUGCUGGUUGUUCAGAUUAAAAAGGAUACCAAAUCUGGUCAAUCGAAGGGUUAUGGUUUUAUUCGUUUCGCUAAUUUCGGAUCGCAGAUGAAGGCUUUGUCCAAGCGUCAUCUGAUCGAUGGUCGUUGGUGUGACGUAAAGGUCCCUAGCAGCAAAGAUCAAAUGCAGCACCAAAUGCCCAGCAAGAUCUUUCUGGGACGUGUAACGGAGGAAAUGACCUCCGAUGAUAUCCGAGAGUACUUCAGCAAGUACGGUGAAGUUACGGAUGUUUUCAUUCCGAAGCCAUUCCGGGCGUUCGCUUUUGUGACGUUCAUCGAUCCUCAUGUGGCACAGAGCCUGUGCGGAGAGGAUCAUCUGAUCAAGGGAGCAUCGGUAUAUGUAUCGACAGCUUCUCCACGACCGGAGCACAAUCGCAACCAGCAAAAGAAUCAGAUGGGCGGUAACAUGGGAAAUUACGAUGACCGUGGACGUGGUGGCAGUUCCGGUGGUUCUGAUUAUGGUGGUCCACAGUCGCAUUCAAACAUGAACAGUAAUUACCAUCAUGGAGGUGGUGGUGGCGGCGGCGGCGGCUACAACCAAUUGCCUCAGAAUCAACCAAUCUGGAACUAUAACGAGUAUUCACAGCAGAGUCGUCAAAACAAUAGUAACAUGGAUAGCAUGCCCAAUCUUCAAGCGCUUGGUUUGAACUCGUCAGGUCCGAACGGACAGGGCAAUGCAGGUCUCCAUGGAGGUCACCACGGUUCGGGCGGCGGUAUGAGUGGUAAUCAUUUGAGCGGAGGUGGAGGAACAGGCGGAGCAGCCCCUGGUGGAAAUAGCGGUGCUCCGGGUGUCAUCGGAAAUCACGGUGGUCCAGGUGGCGGCAACAUGAAUCUUAAUCAGAUGCCCUUGAAUCCGGCCAUCAUAGCGGCGGCUCUCAGCCAGUGGAGUUUGAUUGGAAAUCAGAUGCAUAAUAAUCCGCAAGGAUCCGGUGGUCCCGGUGGACCUGGAGCUCAAAAUAAUAACGGAGCUGGCCCGGGCAAUCCAUCUGGACCAGGCUCUGGAGGUCCCGGUGCCGGACAGGAUUAUAUGCCGUGGAACGGAACAGGUAAUGGUGGUGCGGCUACCGGUGGUCCCACUGGAAGAGGAGAACAAAAUCGACAGUAGAUAGUGAGACGAUAGGUUUUCCUCUUUGACUUCAAAACGCUUUUAAGUAGACACACACACACACACUCGUACACUCUUAACGCAUACGAGAGAUCGUUAUAGAACGGAAGGGAUUUUCUUGAUUUUUGUGGUUUAUUUUUGUAAUUUAUUCUCAACUCUAUGAUGAAAGAGUGAAGAGAGCUUGCAAGUAACCGAAGGCAAAAUAUUCGACCUAUUUUAACCUACUUUUGGUUUAAGUUUUAACCAAGCGAUCAUUGUUUGAUGACAAGAAAAAAUAAUUACAAUUAUUGAAAUAUCUACUUUCGCGGUCGGGAAAACAGUGACUAACUACUGACUAACUGACCAAAGGUCCAAACAGAAUGCUCCGUUAUUGCCACAGCGUCAGCGACCGUAAUGAAAAAAUUUAAAGUUGGGGCAAACUGCUUCACCGACGGAACAUUUUGUUUGACCCUUCAGCCAAGUACUGUCGUAAUACGCAUAGUUGUCCCAUGUUCUAUGGGAUUCCUUAUAUACAUGUGACAAUUAUGCGUAACACGGCAGAGUAAAUCAUAGACAAAUUUCUUAAACCAGGAUUUGACGCUCCGACAGUGAUGGAGCAUUCUGUUUGGGCCUUCAUUGAUGCUGUUUUCGGAUUAGGACACGAGUAUGGCUAGAUUCGCUGGCCGAAGUUUUUCAUAUACUUUGUUGACAUUGGCGCGAAUCUACUCUGAUUUGGAUCCAAAAACGAAAAUGGCAUACCUCACGUACAAAACACCCUCUUUACCGUUAUCGCGAGCGGCCACAAUAAAAGAAUUUCAUAACCCCCAGGCAGUAACAAUCAUCAGUACGGUGAAAGGAAAUUUGCGCGAAAAAGAGAGUUCUUUAAUUUCAAUAAUAGUCAGAACAAACAACCUCGCUAUGACGGGAGAGAACGUGAUGAGAAUGAUGCGCUUUGAGCGGUGUGCAGAGAGGAUAGGAGAGUGAAAACACGAUAACACGACGACGGCGACGAAGAUGACGCAAGAGAUGGGUUGGUUAAAUGCGAGAGUGAUUUGCGCACGAGAUAGAACGAAUGUUGCCUAGAGAUGAUUGAUGGCUGCCGCGAGAACACGCGUCGGUAAAGCAGACUUUGGUAUUUUAUUAAGUUAUACCGAGAAUAACAAACUUUCUAGAAAAUAAAAAUUGAUGAGAGUGUAACGAUAACAUACGCUAACUAACUAUUCUAGUUUUUAAUGAAGGAUGGCGAGAAAAAGAGUAAAAUAUGAAAACUUUAGAUUGAUUGAUUGGAGCAUUUUUUAAGUGUGUUCUUUUGGCUUUUUUGUGCAUAAUAGUUUUAGCAAUUACGAGAAAAGAGCAUACGCGUAGAGAAAAACCAUGUGAGAAGAUAUGAGCAAGAAAUUGUACCACUUUGAAGAAUGAUAAAGAUUUAAUUCAAUUGAUUACUAUUCUGAUUAUAAUAAAUAUUAACAUUAUUAUAUUGCGAUGAGAGACAUAAUAAAAAAGUAUAAAUCAUAAAUAUAUAUUAUCAAGAAGAUAUGGCGUGGUGAAUGUUUAAAUAGAUGUAUUACUUGCUAGAAGGACAACAAAAUACGAGCAAGCAAGACGAGUUAUGAAUGAGUUCGCUAACAAAUGAAUAAUAGCAUUGUAAUAGUUCGAGUGUGUAUUAUCUUAGCGUACAUCCCCAGUAAUUAGAGCAAGAAAAAGCAAACUGCAAAAAACUAUGAAAAAAUUGGAAAAAAUACGUUGUGUAAACAGAA